UCUGUUCAGCCUCCGAGGUGGCUGAGGAGAAUGGGCUGCUAACGUUAGCUGUCCGUAUAUUUUGAGUUUUUGCUUAUUAGCAAAUUUCUCCGUGUUCAUCAGUAUUUAGUAAUUUUCGAACAGGUAACCUAACAGGAAAAUGUCAGUUUUCUCCGAGUCGGCUUUGGAGAAAAAAUUGGCAGAACUUAGUAAUUCUCAGCAGAGCGUCCAGACCUUGUCUCUAUGGUUAAUCCACCACAGAAAACACUCGAAAACCAUCGUCAAAGUUUGGUAUAACGAGCUGAAAAAAGCCCAGGUGUCUCGCAAAUUGACCUUCCUCUAUCUUGCAAAUGAUGUCAUCCAAAACAGCAAGAGGAAAGGACCAGAGUUCACACAGGACUUUGCACCAGUCAUUACUGAUGCCUUCAAACAUGUCUCCAGUGAUGGGGAGGAGGGCUGUAAGAAGCAGCUGGAUCGGGUUCUGUCCAUCUGGCGGGAAAGAGCAGUGUAUGAGAAUGAUCUGCUGGACAAACUCUCAGAGGUGCUACAUGGAGAGAAAAAGGCCAAGAAGAGGCCGUAUGAGGAGAUUAAAGCACGUGAUGAAGACUUUGCCUCUCAGAGCUCACCAUCAGAGCCUCCACAGACAGCAGAUUUGAUCCGAGCAUUGCAGGAGUUGGAGAAUGCAGCUUCGAGCGACUCAGCCCUCCGUCAGAGGAUCUCUGCUCUCCCUCCUGAGGUGCAGGACUCCUCCCUGCUGCACAGAGUCACAGAUAAGGAGUCAGGAGAACGGCUGUCCAGACUGGUAGAGGAGGCUUGCAUGCUGCUAGCAGACUACAGUGGGCGUCUGGCGGCCGAGAUCGAUGACCGUCGGCAGCUCACGCGGCUCCUUGCUCUCUUUCUACAGAGUCAGCGGGAUGGCUUGACCCAGAAAGAACAGAAACUAGAAGAGUACAAGCGUAAGCUGGCGCGGGUUACCCAGGUGAGGAAGGAGCUCAGAUCUCGUCUCAGUAGCCUUCCGGACCUCUCUCUGCUUCCUAACGUAACGGGUGGUCAUGUCCGGCUGCCCUCCUCUGGUGAUCUUUACAGCCCUUCUGACUGUCUGCCUUCUGGUGAGACAGUGCAGAAUGACAUUAAGCACUGUCAUGACAGCAGUCGUGCCCUUGAGGACAGAGAACGGGAGAAAAAGCUGGCCAGGAAACGACUCUACAUCGUCUCUGCGGUUUGUCUGGUCUUCAUGGUGGGAGAAAUCUUAGGUGGGUACUUUGCUGGCAGUCUGGCGGUGAUGACUGAUGCUGCCCACCUGCUGGUGGACUUAACCAGUUUCAUCAUCAGCCUGUGCUCCCUGUGGCUGUCGUCCAGGCCUGCCACACACACACUCAACUAUGGCUGGCAUCGCGCAGAGAUCCUGGGCGCUCUUCUGUCUGUCUUCACCAUCUGGUUGGUAACUGGUGUGUUGGUGUACUUGGCAGUGGAGCGUCUUAUCAGUGAUGAUUAUGAAAUUGAGGGCACUGUCAUGCUCAUCACCUCUAGCUGUGCUGUGUUGGCCAACAUCAUAAUGGCGCUCACUUUGCACCAGUCAGGACAUGGUCACAGUCAUGGUGGUCUUAGCUCCCAUGGCCAUGGACACAGCCACUCUGGUGACCACAGCCAUGAAAAGCAGAAUGGUCAUAGCCAUGCUAAUGCUAAUGAUAAGCACCAUGAUCCAGAAGACCAAAGAACUGGAAAGAAACCACAGGAGAAUGCCAGCGUAAGGGCUGCCUUCGUGCAUGUGAUUGGAGACCUUCUGCAGAGUGUCAGUGUGCUUGUUAGUGCCCUCAUCAUCUUUUUCAGGCCAGAGUACAAGAUUGCAGACCCUAUCUGCACUUUCCUGUUCUCCCUGUUUGUCCUGGGCACCACUUUCACCAUCAUGAGGGACAUUCUGGUGGUCUUAAUGGAAGGAACUCCCACAGGUGUGAACUUUAAAGAGGUGAGGGAACGACUGCUCUCUGUGAAGGGAGUGAAAGCAGUACACAACCUCCACAUCUGGGCCCUGACCAUGAACCAGGCUGUUCUCUCUGCCCAUGUGGCUAUAGAUGAUACUGCAGAGCCACAGCUUGUUCUGAGAGAAAUCACCCAGUCCUGCUUCACCACUUACAGCUUCCACUCCAUCACCAUCCAACUGGAGCAGCAGGCAGACCAGAGACCGGACUGCAGCCUUUGUCAGGACCCCAAAAACUGAAGCCCCCUCCACACUGAGCCCUCCCCCAACUCUCUGCCAAGAAGGGCAAGAAUUCUUUUUAGCUCAGUUAAGAUCCUGUUGUAAUGCAGUGUUUCACAUAUUUACCAAUCAAACCAAAGACUCAUUGGGCUGCUCAAUCUUGGACCUUGGACCUCUCUGUUUCUUGCAGGAGUUUAUUGGUGGGGGAUUCAUGCCAAAGUCACAUGAUUACCUGAUUACAAAAUACGAG